UUGCUGUAAAACCAACAAAAAUGGGACGACUUCACAUUGCCGUCGAGUGCAUGUUAUUAUUUGGAAUAUACAAAACAUUGUCUAAAACCUAUACAUGUGGACCGGAUAGCCAAUGUGAAUGUUCUACGGAUAAUCAUGGUUUUGUUAUGGACUGUGAUGGUAAAGAAGUUGCACGACUUUCAGACAUAUGUUCUGCCAUACGAAACACUUUUAUCAAUUCAACUGGUAUAUUAAAAGCUGGUAGAAAUAAUUUUGGAAAUGUUCAUUCAACAGAAUUUGUAGGAUGUGAAAGUUUGUAUAUACUUGAGUUGAACUUCAAUCAAAUAAGUGAAUUUGGAAAAGACAGUUUUAAGAACUUCAGCAGUUUAGAUAUUUUAGACUUAUCUAGAAACAACAUCCAGAUCUUUAAACCUGAGUGGAGUGCUGCUUUUUUGCCAGAAACACUAAGCACACUGAUUCUUGAUGGGUUCACAGUUGAUAACAAUUCUAUACCUAGCUAUCCAAAUCUGUCACACUUGCGAAAACUGCAAACAUUAAAACUAGAUGGUCUUAGCGACAACUUUGACAUUGGUAAACACACAAACAGACUGAAAGAAUUGAGUUUGUCAGGAUUAUCUUUCUACAGUCACUGUAGCAUACCCCAUAUUUCAAACUCGACAUUUAGGCAGUUGUUAUCAAUUGUUAAAUUGAACAUUUCGUCUUGUUCCGUAAGAAGUAUUUCAGCAGGGGCUUUUGAACAGCUUUAUCAUCUAGAAGUAUUAGAUUUAUCUUUUAACAGGAAGCUUGGAUUCAGAUCAUUUGAAAAUUUAUCCUAUGGACUUCAAUUUACAAAUAUUCGAAGCGUCAAUAUUUCAUAUAUUCAUACCACAUUUGGUAUUGGAACAAGACUAUUUAAGCAAGAUAUAUGUUACCUUUGGAACACCAGUGUAGAGGAAAUCGCCAUCUCAGGAAACAGAAUAAUGUCUUUCGAGACCAAUGCAAUAAUACUGCUUCCUGGAUCGUUAACUACCAUCGAUAUGUCUGAAAAUGAAAUCACUUUUGGGCCAUUUUUGUUACAGACAUCGUGUAUGACUAACCUGCGAAUAUUUCUUGGCGGGUUGCAGCAUCUUGCUCACAACCCGUCCAGAUACUUUGCUGACGACACUGAAGAGGAACCAACAUGCAACAAUGACCGGAUGCUUUCUAGAUGUCCAUUUAUGCAUGAAACAUUUCUAAAGCAACUAGCGGCGAAUAAGUCACAGUGUAAUUAUUUGAAAUCCGCUGGGAAAAAAACACCGCGUUCGUCUUACUUUCCAAAAUAUCUAGAAUUUGUUGAUUUGCAUGAGGGAAAUUUCAUUUACAAUUUUUUGAUCGAUUAUAAUAUAACACCAAAUGCUAAUUUUGUCAAAGUUCUCGAUUUGUCGAAUAACAUAUUCAACAUAUUCAUCGGUCAAUUUGGACCGUUUCCCAACAUUGAAGUGUUUAAUAUAUCCCGAUGUUACAUCAUGCAGCUAGGGCAAAAUACACUAAACUAUCCUUCAUUACAAAUCCUGAGACUGGAUAAAAACUACCUUGGCGACCAAUUAGCUGACAGCUUGCGAUCAAAUGUUUUUGCUAACUUAAUAUCAUUAAAGACUCUUAAUUUAUCGGCGAACGGCAUUCCGAUUUUGCAUACAUCGCCGUUUGUGUCAUUAACAAAUUUAACACAUCUUGAUCUUAGCUACAACAAUAUAGGUAUUCUGAAUAUUAUGACUACAUCUUUAAUAAGCUUAUUGAAGAUAGAUUUACACGUAAAUUCACUCCACACAAUUACGAGUGAUAUCCGGAAAAGCUUGGAAAUGAACGCAAACAGAAGAAAUUCCACUUUCGGACUUGACCUACGAAACAACUCGUUAGAUUAUUCGUGUGAAAAUCAAGACUUUCUUAACUGGCUAUACGAACAUAAGAGCAACAUGAAUGCGUUUGAGAUGUAUGUUUUUCGAUUGUCAGAUGGUAGGAUCAUGAAUGUCACAUGGUUCCAGAACGACAUCAGUUACCUCGCAGGUAACUGUAGAUCUUACACGCUUCUGAUCGUCAUUUGCUGUAUCGGCAUAUCUUCAGCACUGGUCACAGUUGUGGGAGGUGUUAUAUACCGACAUCGCUGGAAACUUCGAUACCUGUUGUUCAUGUCUAGGAAGAGAUUCUUCGGUUAUCGUAGAUUACCGGGCUACACGCUAAUAGAAAACUACAUAUUUGAUGCGUUUAUUUCAUACGCAGAGGACAAUUUUAGAUUUAUUUUGGAGGAAGUAAUUCCAAAACUUGAGGCGGAAAACGUUUCUUUGUGUGUGCAUCAGCGGGACUUUCAAGCAGGAAAGGCCAUCUCGGAAAACAUUAUUGAAGCCAUUCAGAGCAGCAGGAAGACCAUCGUAAUACUGUCGGAAGCCUACCUGGACAGCAAGUGGUGCAUGUAUGAAUUCAACAUGGCGCGAAUGGAGAAUCUUUACUCGAGAGAGGAUCAGGGGUGUCUUUUGAUUGUUAUGCUUGAAAAUGUGCCUCACAACAAGAUGCCACUAGAAAUGCUUCGAUGGAUUCAGGAAAACAGUUAUAUUGAAUAUACAAACGAACCAGAGGGUAAUACAAUGUUUUGGGAUAAGAUGGUAUCGGCAACAAAGUUUAAUGUUUUUGCACUUCAGGAUUAAGAUAGGUCUGAUACCCGAUAUAACCAACAUUUAUUAUGUUAUUUUUAAAAGUAUAAUAUUUGCAUCGAUGUGUAUUUUUUCACUGAACUUUAUUAUAUGAAAAUAAUACAUUUUAGUAAAUCAAGGUAAUCCCGCAAUGCUUUGCUUGGUUGACAGUUCGUAUGGGUUAAUAAUUUUAAUUAGUGUGUGUUUCCUAUGGUUGUGUCUAUCGUCUUAACUUUUGUGCAAUUGCUCACUUGCAAUAAUUUAAGGGUCUCUUGCUGAUGCGAUUGGAGCUGCACUUUAUGGUGUUCUGUUAGAACAACAAUGUACUAUAUUAUGUAUAAAACAUAUUAUCUGUCAAUGUAUUGGUAUAUAAGAAGUAAGAUUGUGCCUCAAGGAUUUGCAGCAUUAAAUUGGCAUUUGUAUUUAACUCACCAAAGUACGCGUUUUUUACUAGAUAUUGAUAAUUCGGUAAAUUGUUAAUUGGUGGCUGAUUUAUACGUGAAUGUUUCAAUGCUUGCAUAAAUAUAUUUACACCAAUCAAUAAAAUUGAGUUUUAAAAUCGUUCCAAAUAUAUGAUGUGUUUGUUAAUAUUGUUCACGUUUAAUUUUAUCACCACGAUUUGUCGUGCAACUUGGGCUUCACGUGGCUUUUAGCUGAAUGUUGGAAGGAAUAUUGUUUAUUUUUGCUAAGAAAUGAGAGAAAUCUGUUAUUAGGAGUAUAUACACAACAAGGCAAUAUAAUCGCAUUUGUCGCACAAUGCUCUUGUGGCUUUAUGGAAAUUUCAGGACGAAGAUCCGAUUAUUUUAUAUGUUGCUUUGUCAGUUUAAUAAAAAACGACAUGCAGUCAUUUCAUUUCAUAAAUAUUCAAAAGUUACACUUAUAUUGGCUCUGGUGAUAACAAACACUGAAUUGUUAAAUAAUACUAAUUAUCUCAUUAAAAUAUAUUUUAUAACCAUUUCUCUUGAUUCCUAUAAUAUGCCAUUUAUAUUUAUUUACACUUAUAUUUUUUGUAAAUACUCUUAACUACCGGUACUUUUGAGUGUUUGAGCUAAAUACAAUCUUUAAAAAUAAUCCCAAAGAACCACUCCUGUAAUCAUGGUUUGUGUUUGUUUUGCAGGCGUGAGCUCUGUCUAGUGUUGAUGCAAUUUGUCAGACUGUUUUUAAAUUGGUUACUGUUAAUAAAUGCCAUACCUUUUA